AGCACAACAUGUUGGAGCCGCUGCGGAGCUUCACCUCUCAGAGUUAACUUUUUAAUCCCGGGUUUGUUGCGCUUAUCCUGCACCAGAGGAGGAGGAGGAGGCGGCGGAGGUCGAAGGGAAAACACAAGGGGACAACAAAGUCAGUCAUGCUCUGAGUUUAGGGUGAAAGCCCGGAGUGAAACCCGCUGAUAUUUAACUGUGCUUUGAGAGGACGAGCUGCGGGGGGAGGAGGGGGGCACGGUGGGAAGAGCCGCCCGGGGAAGAGCCACCAGAGCCGGGGAGAGAUGAAGCCGGCCGCGCUGCUGCUGGGGGGAGUCCUGGCUGCUCUGCUGCUCAGCCCGAGUCCAGGGGUUCAGGGCAGCGCCGAGUGUUCCUGCGGGAGGAACCACUUCACGUGUGCGGUCAGUGCGUUCGGCGAGUGUACCUGCAUCCCGGCCCAGUGGCAGUGUGACGGAGACAACGACUGCGGGGACCACAGCGACGAGGACGGAUGCAUGCUCCCCACCUGCUCGCCGCUGGACUUCCACUGCGACAACGGCAAAUGCAUCCGCCGCUCCUGGGUCUGCGACGGAGACAACGACUGCGAGGACGACUCGGACGAGCAAGACUGCCCUCCCAGGGAGUGUGAAGAGGACGAGUUCCACUGCCAGAACGGCUACUGCAUCCGCAGCCUCUGGCACUGUGACGGUGACAAUGACUGCGGAGACAACAGCGACGAGCAGUGUGACAUGCGUAAAUGUUCGGACAAGGAGUUCCGCUGCACAGAUGGGAGCUGCAUCGCCGAGCACUGGUACUGUGAUGGAGACACGGACUGCAAGGACGGCUCAGAUGAGGAAAACUGCCCCUCAGAUGUGAUGACGGCCACCUGCAGCGUGGAGGAGUUCCAGUGUGCUUACGGCCGCUGCAUCCUGGACAUCUAUCACUGUGACGGAGACGACGACUGCGGGGACUGGUCGGACGAGUCGGACUGCUCUUCCCAUCAGCCCUGCAGGUCAGUGGAGUUCAUGUGCAGCAGUGGGAUGUGCAUCAACGCUGGUUGGAGGUGCGAUGGAGAGAACGACUGUGAUGACCAGUCAGACGAGAAGAACUGCACCACGUCCAUGUGCACGGCCGACCAGUUCCGCUGCGGGACUGGACGAUGCGUCCGGUUGUCGUGGAGAUGUGACGGUGAAGACGACUGCUCAGACCGCAGUGAUGAAGAGGGCUGUGAGAAAGCCGAGAGCUCGCCCUGCGCGCCCGAUCAGUUCCAGUGUGGAAACGGGCGAUGCAUCGGCCACAGGAAGGUCUGCAACGAGCUCAACGACUGCGGCGAUGGGACCGAUGAACAUCCGCACCACGACUGCCGGCCGCGCUCCAGCGAGGGCAACUGUAACCAGAAUAACGGGGGCUGCUCCCAGAAGUGUCAGAUGGUCCGAGGACUGGUCCAGUGCACCUGUCACACUGGAUACCGCCUGAUGGAGGACGGAAAGACCUGCCAAGAUGUGGACGAGUGUGCAGAGGAGGGCUACUGCAGCCAGGGCUGCACCAACGCCGAGGGCGGGUUCCAGUGCUGGUGCGUCCAGGGCUACGAGCUCCGACCCGACAAGCGCAGCUGCAAAGCCUUAGGUCCGGAGCCCGUGCUGCUGUUCGCCAACCGCAUCGACAUCCGCCAGGUUCUGCCCCACCGCUCCGAAUACACGCUCCUGCUCAACAACCUGGAGAACGCCAUCGCGCUGGACUUCCACCACGCCCACGAGCUGGUGUUCUGGUCGGACGUGACGCUGGACCGCAUCAUGAAGGCCAACCUGAACGGCUCCAACGUGGAGGAGGUGGUGUCCACCGGCCUGGAGAGCCCAGGUGGACUGGCGAUAGACUGGAUCCACGAUAAGCUUUACUGGACCGACUCUGGGACGUCCCGUAUCGAGGUGGCCAACCUGGACGGGACGCACCGCAAGGUGCUGCUGUGGCAGAACAUGGAGAAGCCCCGGGCGAUCGCUCUGCACCCCAUCGAGGGUAAGAUCUAUUGGACGGACUGGGGGAAUACUCCACGCAUCGAGUACGCCAACAUGGAUGGAUCCAACCGGCGGGUCAUCGCCGACACGCAUCUGUUCUGGCCCAACGGUCUCACCAUCGAUUACGCCGGCCGCCGCAUCUACUGGGUGGACGCCAAGCACCACGUCAUCGAGAGAUCCGAUCUGGACGGACGCAACCGCAAGGCUGUCAUCAGCCAAGGCCUUCCUCACCCGUUUGCCAUCACGGUGUUCGAGGACAGCCUGUACUGGACCGACUGGCACACCAAGAGCAUCAACAGUGCCAACAAGUUCACCGGGAAGAACCAGGAGAUUAUCCGGAACAAGCUGCACUUCCCCAUGGACAUCCACACGCUGCAUCCCCAGAGGCAGCCUGCAGGUGGCAGGAACCGCUGCGGCAGCAACAACGGAGGAUGCAGCCACCUGUGUCUCCCCAGCAACAAGACGUUCACCUGCGCCUGUCCCACCGGCUUCAAGAAGGUGGACCAGUCCAACUGUGCCGACGGUCUUGACAAGUUCCUGCUUUUUGCCCGAAGGACGGACAUCCGACGCGUCAGCUUUGACACCGAAGACAUGUCCGAUGACGUCGUCCCCCUGGCCGACGUGCGCAACGCCGUGGCGCUGGACUGGGACGCUAAAGACGGUUACAUCUACUGGACAGAUGUUACCACCGACUCCAUCAACAGGGCGCUGUGGAACGGCAGCAAGCAGGAGGUGGUGGUGGACACCAGUCUGGAGAGUCCGGCCGGUUUGGCUAUUGACUGGGUGACCAGCAAGCUGUACUGGACCGAUGCUGGUACGGAUCGGAUCGAAGUUUCCAACGCCGACGGCAGCAUGCGGACCGUCCUGAUUUGGGAGAACCUGGACCGGCCCAGAGACAUUGUUGUGGAUCCAGUGGGAGGCUUCAUGUACUGGACCGACUGGGGCGCCAACCCCAAGAUCGAGCGUGCAGGAAUGGACGCCUCCAACCGCAUCGUCAUAAUCUCCUCUAAUCUGACGUGGCCCAACGGGCUGGCCAUCGACUACGAGACCCAGCGCCUGUACUGGGCCGACGCCGGCAUGAAAACCAUCGAGUUUGGAAACUUGGAUGGGUCUGACCGGCAGGUUUUGAUCGGGACGCAGCUGCCGCACCCGUUCGGCCUGACCGUACACGAGGACAAGCUGUACUGGACGGACUGGCAGUCCAAGAGCAUCCAGAGCGCCGAUAAGAUGACCGGCCUGGGCCGACACACGCUGACGGAAAACCUGGAGAACCUCAUGGACAUUCACAUGUUCCACCGGCACCGCCAGACAGUGCGUAACCCGUGCACGCUGAACAACGGAGGCUGCAGCCACCUCUGCCUGCUGGCGCCGGCUCCCAAGGCCUCCAGCUGCGCCUGUCCCACCGGGAUCAACCUGCAGUCGGACGGGAAGACCUGCACUCCCGGGAUGAACAGCUUCCUCAUCUUCGCUCGGAGGACCGACGUCAGGAUGGUUUCUCUGGACAUCCCAUACUUCGCCGACGUGGUUCUGGCCGUCAACAGCUCCAUGAAAAACACCAUCGCCAUCGGCGUCGACCCCAGAGAAGGUAAGGUGUACUGGUCUGACAGCACUCUGAAGAAGAUCAGCAGAUCCAGCAUCAGCGGGACGGAGCAAGAGGACAUUGUGUCUACAGGGUUGGUGACGACGGAUGGGCUGGCGGUGGACGCCGUCGGCAGGAAGAUCUACUGGACGGACACGGGAACCAACCGCAUCGAAGUGGCCAACCUGGACGGCUCCAUGAGGAAGGUUCUGGUCUGGCAGAACCUGGACAGCCCGCGAGCCAUCGCCCUCUACAACGAGAUGGGUUACAUGUACUGGACGGACUGGGGAGAGCAUGCUAAGCUGGAGCGCUCAGCGAUGGACGGGUCCGACCGGGUGGUCCUGAUCAACAACAACCUGGGCUGGCCCAACGGCCUGGCCAUCGACGCGGCUGGAUCACAGUUGCUGUGGGCCGACGCUCACACUGAGCGCAUUGAAGCUGCGGACCUGAACGGGCAGAACCGCCGCACCCUCGUGACGCCGGUCCAGCACCCCUACGGUUUAACCCUCCUGGGCUCCUACAUUUACUGGACCGACUGGCAGAGUCGCAGCAUCCAGCGGGCGGAGAAGAACACCGGGGGCAACAUCAUCACGGUGCGAGGGAACCUGCCGGGCCUGAUGGACAUCCAGGCCGUGGACAGGGAGCGGCCCCUCGGUUUUAAUAAGUGUGGGCGGAGGAACGGAGGCUGCACCCACCUGUGCCUGCCGCGCCCCAACGGCACCUCCUGCGCCUGUCCCACUGGCAUCCUGCUCAAGGGGGACGGCCGGUCCUGUGACGACUCCCCAGAGACGUACCUGCUCUUCUCCAACCGGGUCAGCGUGCGCAGGAUCUCCCUGGACACCAAUGACUACACGGACGUGCACGUGACGGUGCCCGAGCUGCACAACGUCAUCUCUCUGGACUACGACAGCGUCGAGGCGCAACUCUACUACACCGACGUCACCCUGGACGUCAUCAGACGCUCCAAUCUGGACGGAACUGGCAUGGAAACGGUGAUCAGCCAAGGCCUGAAGACCACCGAUGGCUUGGCUGUGGACUGGGUGGCCAGGAACAUGUACUGGACCGACACGGGCCGCAACACCAUCGAGGUGGCCCGCCUGGACGGAACCAGCCGCAAGGUUUUGGUAAACAACAGCCUGGAUGAGCCUCGAGCCAUCGCAGUGUUCCCCAGCAAAGGGUAUCUGUUCUGGACCGACUGGGGCCACAUUGCAAAGAUUGAGCGAUCUCAGAUGGACGGCUCGGACCGGAAGGUUCUGAUCAAUACCGACCUGGGAUGGCCCAACGGUCUCACGCUGGACUACGACACGCGCAGGAUCUUCUGGGUGGACGCCCACUUGGACAGGAUCGAAAGCUCGGACCUGAACGGGAAACUGCGCCACAUCCUGGUCAGCCCGGUGUCCCACCCGUUUGCCCUCACGCAGUUGAAGCCGGUGCCCUCCCCUCUAAUUCCUUUCUCCCGACUCUCACAGCAAGACCGCUGGAUCUACUGGACGGACUGGCAGACUAAAUCCAUCCAGCGAGUGGAUAAACACACCGGUCGAAACAAGGAAACUGUCCUGGCCAACGUGGAGGGCCUCAUGGACAUUAUAGUGGUAUCUCCCCACCGGCAGACAGGAACCAACCUCUGCGGGGUGAACAACGGCGGCUGCACUCACCUCUGCUUCGCCAAGACCAACAGCUUCGUCUGCGCGUGUCCCGAUGAACCGGACGGGCGACCGUGCUCCACAAUUUCAGGUUACGUUCCCACCUCUCCCACCAAAGGCAGCAGCAGCACCGCUGCUCCCAACAAGAUCCCCAAAGCAGCAACAGACACGCCUCCCAGGGGAGCCCUGCCCGUCAACUGCACAGACAAGAACGUGAACACAGAAGGCUGCUUGAACACGGUGAUGACGGCUCCUCAUGGGGAGGGACUUCACAUCAGCUACGUGAUCGGAGGACUUCUGACCAUCCUGGCCAUUCUGAUCCUCAUUGCUGCUCUGAUUAUUUACAGGCAUAAGAAGUCCAAGUUUGCCGACCCAGGAGUGAGCAAUCUGACCUACAGUAACCCCUCGUACCGGACGUCCACACAAGAGGUGAAGAUCGAGGCGUCACAGAAGCCUCCCAUCUACAACCAGCUUCGAUAUAAGAAAGAGGGGGGAGUGGACGGAGGCUACACCAAGGAGAAGAUCCGUAUUGUGGAGGGCGUGUGUCUCCUGUCCCACGACGAGCUUUACUGGGACGACCUGAAGCAGAUCAAGCCGUCCCGCGGCGGCCUGCACACCUGCAUGCGCACCGACACCGUGUCCCUGCAGGCCAGCAGCGCCUCGCUGGACGACGGCGAGACGGAGCAGCUCCUGCAGGAGGAGACGUCCGAGUGCUCGUCCAUCACCACCCUGACCCCCUCGGCCAUCACCCCGCAGCGCCACGCCCAGCACAGCCUCCCCGACACCGGCUGGGCCUCCGCACGCAAGCCCUCCACCGAGAGCGAGGUGUGAGGGACGCUCCGUCUCAACCACCGUUACCUGACACACACACGCAGACACAAACACGGAAACACAAGCGCAAAAUGCAGUAGUAGUAUGUAAAAAAUAAGCGCGGUUUUUGACUGAAAUAAGCUCCCAUCAACACAAACACAGCUUCUGUCUUUGAGUCCGGGGCUCCGUCCUACUUGUGUGCACACACGCAGCUCAGUCCUCCAGCAGCGUCCUCGGUGCUGCUGCCUUCGUGGGAAAUCUAAAAACUAGGAAGCAUGCUGGAAUUACGAAGCAAAAAGGACUCCCGGGAGGAGACAAACGGAGAGGACACGGAUGCUAUCCGGAGCCUUUUCAAAGCGACGCAGACUCUCGGCGGUACCAACGCUUCAGUAUACAACCUCACCCUCGUUUUUUUGUGAACCUCUUCUUUUGCAGGAUGAAGCUAAAACCACAUAUUUCACAGAUGAUGGAACCACGUUGCUCUCUCUAAUGCCACUCAUCUCUUGAUGAACUCUAUUUAUGAAUUUUUUUAACUUGUUGAGUGGGUGUGUUGACUUUUGUAGAAUGAUGACUCGUUAGGACCUUUUUGUGCAGCCGGGCCCGCUUGUAUUUAUGACAGUAAAGGGUGGGACAUUCACAGUCUCCGUGUCCUUCUCUCCGCCGACGCUCGCGUAGAGAUUCAUCCUGGUCCUGGGAUCUUUGGUUCAACUUUUAAGGACAUUUGCUUCUGGGUUCCCAAUGUACAGCCUCUGAACAGGAAGUGACUGUAGCAGGUACUCUCAGAUGGUCUAUUUAUUCUCUCAAAGUAACGUGAACGGAGCCUUUAGUCUUCUUUUUUUUGUCGUUGUUGUUUCUUCGCUGGUCCUCGGACACGGCCGAAGAGGCCUCCAUGAAGUAACAACCUUGGUGCCAAACAUCUCAGUCUUUAUCCUUCUUGUAUUUAUCUCAGAGGGUUUCAGAUCUUCAUGGCAUUUAUCUCACUGACCUGCUGUCCGGCAUCGUAGUUGACGGUGGCCGAAGUUUUUCUGCGUUUAGACGCGUCUCUGGGAUUUCUUACGUCCCAAAACACAGUAUUGUUUCUGCUCCGAAGCUUCUUCUUCUUUUUUUUUUUUUUCCAUUGCCAAAACAUUAAAAAUUUUACGGUACAACUACCACAGUGAUACUAGCACUUAAACUUAGAAUGUAAAGCUCUUUAAUGUCCACAAAUUGAACAGGAAAAAUCCCUUUUUUGAAGUUUUCUUGCAGUGUCCUCUCCAACAUUUCAACAGGUGGGGGAUCCUGUUUCUCCAUCUACAUUUUGCUCUUUCAGUCGCUGUCAAGCGUGGGAAGAUAUUUCGGAUGGAGGAGAAACACCAACAAUUUCACACACUUUGUCAGCCCGUUUGUCGGAGUUGUUCGUUUGGAGCGCGAUCACAGUUUCGGCUUGGUUUAGAGGCGCGUACAUGAAAGACUUGGCACAUUGCGAUGAUAAAUAGCUGCUUGGCCAAACACUACUGGGCAUAAACGAGAACAUUUGUUCCUCUGUGAAUUGAGCUCCUAUCCAUCAGGCAGACAUCUGUAAAGCAGCUGAGCCCUCAAGAGUACAGCAUAACUAAUGACCAACGGUGUCAACACGCUGAGAAAUGGUUUUAAUAUAAGAUAUUUUUCAUUGCUUUAACAAUAGAGUACAGUUUUUUGCUGUUUUAAAUGUGGUACAAGGAAAUAUUAUAUUACUAUACAGACAAAUAUAUCUCUAAGUCGUUAUACAACCACGUAGUUGUAUUUGGAAGUAUCCGCUACAAGCUCGGCACCUCGCUGAUUUGCUGCUAGAUGAAGCACUGAGGCCAACAGAACGCGGUCUUGGACGCUACGUGAACUGAACGCUCUGACGGCCGGUGGACAGGAGGCCGGAGAGCCGUCUCCACCCGUCACCCCGGAUCACAUCCCUCCAACUCUGCUGCAGGAACGCUGGAACUGGACAGACGCGGAUACAAGCAAAGGCUUCUGUUAAUAUUGCGUUAAUCAAGUUGUAUAGUCUUUUUGUACAAAGGGAUUCCAUGACCGUUUUUAAGCUUCUAUUAAUUUUACUCACUGGAGAAAAAAAAAAAAGUUUUUGUUUUUGUUGGAUUAUUUUAACCACUGUGUUUUCAAGCCUUGUAAAUGUUAGGGAGGAUGCCAGUUAUUUAAUAGUGCUCUUUUAUCUUAUGAAAUUCUGGUCACAUAGCUGUUGUAAAGUUAACAAAAAAGAGGUAUUUAUGAUUUUUUUUUUUUUUUUUUUUUUUGUCGUUCCUUUCGGUUGUCACUUGAUGUGUAAAUAUGAGAAGACUGUAUAUGUAUUUCCAUGGCAGUACUAACGAGCUGUGUUGUGUGAUAUAGUGAAUUAUUUCUUUGCUAUCUUUUAAUAUAAAAUUGCA